UGUCUGGCCCCUCUGUUUUAUAAACAUCGGAACAACUUGCAAGCGUGUCUCAUAUGAGCUGUGGGAGGCAGUAACGUAACGUGGACGUCAUCACCACCAGGAGAGUUAUUUUGAGAUUUUUAGCCGAAAAAGUGAUGAAUAUUGAGGAACUAUAGUCCACCUGCUGCGGAGGACAGACGUUGGCCGCAGUUGACCUCGUCUGCAGUCUAUCACACGGAUUAUCCGGGGACAAUUGGUUCAGGCAGGUUGUCAGUGACAUGGCUCAGACUUUCGCUCAAAACAGAUUUAUUUAUGGCUCAGUUAGGGUCCAGCUGCAUCUCACCUGGCAACACAGACGUCAAACCCCUGCAGCUCCAUCCUCAGUUAACUUUUUUUUCCUCGAAAAGUUGCCACUUUCUCUCAGCCUCACUCCCACCGGGGUCUGCAGUUAAUCCUCCCACUGAUUCUACAUUAUGUUAAACGCCAAGAAGUGGACCUGGAACAGGAACAUCUACAGGUGAUGCACGUACGUCUGUCUUGGAACUGGGCCAGGCAGCUAUGGAGCUGCACCGCUGCUGUUUUCUCAGUCCACAAGCCUCGCAACUGAGUGACGAUCUGCACGACUAGGUGAUUGGACAUUGAGCCCGACGUCCCAUUGACUGUGGAUCCAUUAUCACCUUUGGACCUACGCACAGAUCUGAGGAUGCUGGGGCCAGGCUCGGACCCAGGACUGUGGGAGAGGCAGCUACAGCAGGAGUUGCUCCUCAUCCAGAAGCAGCAGCAGAUCCAGAAACAGCUCCUCAUCAGUGAGUUCCAGAAGCAGCAUGAGAAGCUGACCCGUCAGCACCAGGCUCAGCUCCAGGAGCACCUUAAGCUCCAGCAGGAGCUCCAGGCCAUGAAACAGCAGCAGGAACUCGCUGAGAAAGAGCGCCGUCUGGAGCAGCAGCAGCAGCAAAACCAGCAGGAGAAGGAGCUGGAGAGGCAUCGGCGAGAGCAGCAUGCUUCCAGCUUGAGCCUCCGGGGCAAAGAACGCUCCAGAGAGAGUGCUGUGGCCAGUACUGAAGUGAAGCAGAAACUCCAAGAGUUUCUGUUGAGUAAAUCAGCCAAGGACCCUGCAGGUCCUGGACCUGGCCACUCUUACAUUCACCAUCCCAAACUCUGGUACACGUCGUCUCACCAUACAUCACUGGACCAAAGCUCUCCACCUCUGGGUGGCACAUCCCCUACCUGCCAGUACACCCUGCCGUCACCAAUGGAAAACAAGGACGACUUCCCCUUGAGAAAAACAGCCUCUGAGCCCAACCUGAAGGUACGAUCCCGGCUGAAGCAGAAGGUAGCAGAGAGGAGGAGCAGCCCAAUGCUGAAGAGAAGAGACGGAAACAUCAUGACUCCUUAUAAGAAGAGAGCUCUGGAGCUAAUGGACUCUACACCCACUAACAGUGCCCCUGGCUCUGGGCCAAGCUCUCCUAUUGGGGCCUCUAGUGCCUUGGGGGGUGAAAACGGACCCUCGUCUCUGCCUACUACCACAAAAACUGAGAGAUGGCCUUCACAGCCGAGAUUAUUCCGGCCUGACGGCUCAGUGUCCAUGCUGAGCUUGUACACCUCUCCCUCCUUACCCAACAUCUCACUGGGUCUUUCUGCUGCGUCCUCGUCAAUGAGCUCUGCCAGGUCAACAGAAAUCAAACAUGGUCUCCCUGGAAAUCUCCUGGGUCCCGUGCCUCUUCACACAGGCCUGGAAUCCAAGGUGAGCCCCAGUCACCAGGCUCUCCUCCAACACCUCCUCCAGAAGGAGCAGAUGAGGCAGCAGAAGAUCCUCUCCACUGGCCAAGGCUCUAUGUCGCCCCACCCUCAGUCGCCUCUGGCCAUGAAGGAUCGCCCGUCCAGCAGUCGGCCCAAACUACCAAAGCACCGGCCGUUGAACAGAACCCAGUCCGCCCCGUUGCCUCAGAACACGCUGGCUCAACUUGUCAUUCAGCAGCAACACCAGCACUUCCUGGAGAAACAGAAACAGUACCAGCAGCAGGUUCAUAUAAAUAAGCUGUUGUCCAAGUCCAUCGAGCAGUUACGUCAGCCCAGCGUACACCUGCAGGAGUCAGAGGAAGAGCAGGAGGAGCAACAGCACGCAGAGCAGAUGGAGUACAUGCAGGAGGACCGGCUGCCCCCUGGAGGAGUCAUCAGGAAGCACACGCUCAGCAGCAGUAGCAGCAGUGGCUCCAGCGGUGGCGAGCCGCCUGAUGCCCACUGCAGGGUCAUCAAGGUGAAGGAGGAGCCGGCCGACAGCGAGGACGAGUCCCUGGGCGCUCAGAGCCUGGAGUCGCAGCAGAGCACCUACCUGCACCAGGUCAAAGGGCGACUGGUGAUAAGAGCCAUGAUCUGAGAGGAGGGGGAGAAGAAGAGGUCAAACACACUCGCAACAUUCGCAGAUGAACAAGUCUCCUGAAAUGUGCAUUUAAACCCCUACACACACAUACACACACAAACAGACACACACAAACAGACACAGACACACACACACACACACAGCAGCUAUUGCACAGUAGGGCAGCUCUUCCCUGUCACCACCCAGUUCCACUCAGCUGCAGUUCCUCUCAUCCCACAUUUUAAAUCUCUCUGUAUGUGGUUCUUUGUGUAGUGAUCUCUGUAAAAUAUGUACGUUUUGAAUUGAAUUGCGGAUGAAACACAAAGAGAAUCCGGAUUGUUCCUUCUAAGAGCUGCUGCGGUCGUUCAGCCACAAAAACCCACUGGUGUAUAUAUACUGUACGGUGGAUGAUUACAGUAGGCCCGCAGGAUGACUACUGGACACAGGAGGGUGACGAGGUGUACAGCUUUGAAGAGCCGACUUAUAUUUCCGUUGUGUACAUUUCUGCCAUAAAAUAUACCAACGCUCGACGGCGAGUCCGAGCGUUGAUAGUCGUCAUAAAGUCCUGACAGCGCGUUGAAGAGUUUUAAGACCCUUUGUGCUCUGUUGUUCUCUACGGUAUGUGAUGAUGUUCCAUGUUAAGUGGUCUCCGAGCUGAAGUAAUGAACAUCUGUCUCAGUCAGGACAUAUAUUUAAGUAUGAACAGGGGAUGUUCCCUCACGGCAGAGUACGCUCCACCGCUCAUACUGCAAUUUGAAGGUUGAAGCACUAAAUCCGUACAGGCAUCUCCCCAACACAUCCUGAGUCUCCAUGUCUCCCUAACUGAGCCGUCCCAGAGCCGGGGCUCUACGUGCUAAACCCAGCUCCCCUCCCUUCUCCCCUUCUGGGUCCAAAUCAAGGCUCGGGGCCUGGUUCCUGCCAGGCUUUUAGCAGAGGAGUCACAAAAAGAGAGAGAAAGAGAAAGACAGAGAGAGAGAGAGAGAGAGAGAGAGAGAGAGGGCCGGGCAGGAAAUGCCUUCUAAAAGCCAGGAGUUGGAGUGAUUCAUGUGUGCAGGAAUGUUGAGAAAGGAGGACCUAGGGUUGGAGGAGUCCAAGGGGCCAGGCUUGAGAAUUGAUUUACUGUCAAGACGAAUUACAAAGUGAGUGGGGAUAUGGUUAAGGGAGUCCUUUUUUUAAAGGGAAUCGCUUCCUUCAUAUUCCCCAGUGGCAGAGUUACCUCAAUAUGCAGGUUUGAUGUUACUUCAACAAAAAACCUUGGAUUGGACUGUGCUGGUUUUUUUUUUUUUUUUUUUUUAAUAUUAUUCAAGCCUGGGUUUUUUUUUUCUCCCCUGAAAGUGCCCACGACCUGUAUAGUCUGUCUUAAAGUGAUUGAUCAAAUGUAUUGCAUAGCUGUAAACCUUUCCAGUUUCAUUUGUUCCGUCGACUAAAUGUACGAAAAGUUGCUCAGACGUGGUUUUCUGUGUUUGGAUUCCUGUGAAAAUCAAAACUGUUUGUCUUAUGCUGUACAUUCAGACUGUCCGGUUGUAAUGUUUUAGUGUAAGUAAACACAAUCAGAACAAUGUGAGUCUUGUUCUCCCGCUCCUUUGAUUUGGCUGUAAUGAGAAGCUCUGUGCUGUCAGUGGGGGAGGGUGGGGGUGUCUGUUCAUAGCAGUUUGCCGUUUUCUUCUCUUUUCUUGCCUUGUGUGAUUCAACGUUUUUGUUUUGUUUUUGUUUUUUUGUUGAUUUUUUUAAAUAAAGUUCAUUUACCUCUGAUG